UGCUCUGGAAACUUCUAGGUCCCUCCCUUCUUUUUUCUAUCCUCUCCAUUUCUAGUGGCUCCUCGUUCCUUCCUCCAGUCCUCUAUAUAAACUACCUUCGUCCGGCUUUUACGACAGUACAAGGAGAUAUCAAUUGAUCGACGUUUUCUGUAGCUCAGCGAAGCUUGAAUUGGUCUGUAAUGGCUUCCUCGAUCGUAUUAAGGCAAUCGUCUACUUCGGGCCUUCUCAACAAGUUGUUCAAUCCAAUCCGCUCUGUUGCAGUAGCACCUUCUGCUACUCGAUCCUUCAACACCAAUGCUCAGAUGCGUGACUAUGAUGAUAAUGAGAGUGGCGGAAUUCAACUGGAGCGCCGCCCUGAUAGCUCAGUCUCCCAUCGCCGUGAAUCAUCUCCCAGCAUCUUCACAGGUACAGAUGUGUUCGAUCCGUUCUCACCUACUAGGAGUUUGAGUCAAGUGUUGAAUCUGAUGGAUCAGUUCGUGGAUAAUCCUUACCUGGCUGCUUCCCGAGGGAUGGGGUCUGGAACAAGGGCUGGAUGGAAUGCAAAAGAGGACGAGAAUGGGUUGUAUGUGAGGAUCGACAUGCCUGGCUUGGGGAAGGAAGACGUUAAGGUGUCUGUGGAACAGAACACUCUGAUAAUCAAAGGAGAAGGCGAUAAGGAAGAUGGUGAUGAAGAAGGUGGAAGAAGGUACAGCAGCAGAAUUGAUCUUCCUGAGAAGCUUUACAAGAUCGAUCAGAUCAAGGCAGAGAUGAAAAAUGGAGUGCUCAGGGUGAAUAUUCCUAAAGUGAAGGAGGAGGAGAGGAGGGACGUCCACCAGGUUCAGAUUGAGUAAUCUGAUGAUCUUCAGCGUCUUAGUUCAUCUGCGUAAGGAGUUUCUCUGCUUUCUUCUUAACUGGUCUUUGUAAUUGUUGCUUAGUCUCUUAUUGUGGCUAUGAAUGAAUGUCAAAUCCAAUGUAAAAAGGUUUAUCUGAGGUUUUACUGACAGAAAUAAAAUAAAAUAGGGUUUCUUCUGUUUGUUUUGAA